AUAGCAAGUUGGAGCAGCAGUUUCACAACAGAUCAAAAGGCAACGGGCUGGACUGACACUCCUUUUAAUUAUCUCAAACUCCCUCGGUGUCAGUGGAGAGGACACAUUAUUCUAACAUGCCAAGCUUUACAGCUCAUUGUGUUUAGAAGAAAAAUACUUCUGGGUGGAUAUUUCUUUCAAAAAGAGGUCAAACAAUAGGAUUUCAACAAUGAGGCCGCCGGUGGAAGUCAGCGUGUUGAUCGUCUCUCUCUUGGCUCCUGGAGUUUUGUACACUAUUAACAACAUCCCAGCGCUUCAGGAGCCUCUUCCGAUCCUGGGAUUGGGAAUGUUCAUCCUGGGAUUUGUACUCCUCCUCCUCCGCCUCACUGUGUCAAACCAGACGAAAGUAGACCCCUUAUUCUAUGUAUUUGCAGAGUUUUCCUUCACCUGCAUGGUGGGUCUAACUAAUGCUUUAGAGCAGGAUGGCUUCAUCUCUGGCUUCAUGGGCUUCUACCUAAAGAAGGGUGAGCCCCAUCUAAGCACCGCCUAUGCUGUGAUGAUGUCAUACUGGGACGGCAUCGUACACUUUAUCCUCUUCCUCAACAUCAUCCACCGCAUGUUCAGAGGGAAGUCCUAUCGUAGCCUGGGGCUGCUGUGGGCGGGCUCCUCAAUCGCCAAUCAAAUUGUUCACAUCCCAGGAGUGGUGAUUGGUAAAUACGGGUCUAACAUUCGACCAGGUUUUUGGAGGAAUGUCCCCUUCUUUUUGGCCCCUUUCUGGGCGGCCUCUGUUCUCUUUAGCAGACCCAGAGAGAUGCCGGUCGUCACUGCAGACAAGAUUUCAGCAGAGCAGAAGAAAGGUUUGCUCUUUCGGCCCAUUGACCUGCUUCUGUCUCUUAUGUUGCUCGGAGCGAUGGCCUUCUCUGUUUUCAGAGGCUUUGUGGUGCUGGACUGUCCUCUCGACACCUGUUUCACCUACAUCUACCAGUACGAGCCCUACCUCAAAGACCCAGUGGUCUUCCCCAGGGUGAUGAUGUUGGUGUAUUUGUUCUAUGCAAUGCCCCUGAUGGCUUUCUUCACCUAUGGUCUGAGAACACCUGGAUGCAGCUGGAUGUUGGACUCGACGAUCUUCUUUGCUGGGGCCAUGGCUCAGAGCCAGUGGUGCCAUAUCGGAGCAUCUCAGCACUCCCGCACUCCCUACACGUACCGAGUCCCAGCAGACAAAUGGUGGCCUGUUAUCACCCUCAAUGUGCUGCUGGCUGCUUUGCCGGCUCUGCUGGCCCUGCGCUGCCACGCCAACCCCGUUUAUUUCAUGAAACCUGUUCCUGAGGGACAGACCAACAAGGAGAAGAAGAAAAACUAGACCACACACCAGCCACAGACUGUCGAGAAAUACUUCACGCUGUGACAAGGCUAAUGUUUUCAGGGGACUCUCUUUGGCACGCAAACUGCAUUAAACACACCAUUUUUCAACCUGAAACCCAGAGGAGAGCUAAAAACGUUACUCUCUGAGUCAACCGUUCAAAUACCUAGCACAGCAGCGGCAGCAGCAGCACUCCCCUCACGGACUAUUGGACCCUGAUAAGAAGGCUGCUGAUGAGGUCAGCUUUCAGGUGACUCAUGCAGACACCCAGUUGGUAUCUUCCCAAACUGAGACUAUUAGCCUGGAUCAGACAGUUGGCAACACACUACUGGAGAGCAGCCGUCACCAUGGUGCAUCCUUUUAUGAAGAUAACCACACUACAACUCCACAGCUUGAAUUUUUUGUUUUUUACUGAUCCAAUAUUCAGUCAGGGAAAACUAUCACAGUUUUCUGUGUUUAAAAACUGUGAAUAUGAGAGGAAGAUUCACUGAAUUCCUAAAAGGCUCAAUAACUUAAGAGUUGCUGAAGUGGGUUGAAAGAGUUAUUCAAGUGGAGAAUUUCAUAAAGGAAAAACUCCUUUAUAAAAAGACUUUAUAUAGUGUUAAAAUAUUCGAUCCUUACAUGAGGUCACAUGGGAGGCAACUAACAUAACUUUGUAAUGAAAUGUUAAAUUAUUUAGUCUGGAAAAUAAUGAAACAUGUCUAUCACAAUUAAAAACACUACAAGGUGACAUCUUUUACAUUGUUUUGUUUUUUCAUCCCAACAGCUUUUAAAUGAUUAAAUGAUUACCAAAAUAGUGCUGUACUAAUUGAUUAACUGAUUUCAUCUCCAGUUGCAUCUCAGAGUGGUUUUUCAUGCUUUAUGUUUAACUUUAUUUUCAAUAAAAACAAAUAGAUAAAACUCG